AUGGGAUUGUAUUUAACAAAACCAGAGACAACAAAAUUAACUCAAUCAGGAAAAUUAUUUGAUUUUGCUUAUACAUCAACAUCAUUAUAAGGUUGGUAAAUUCAAUAGGAUGAAUUUAUUAUAAUUAAAGAGAAAUUUGAUCAAGACAAUUGUUUAUUCUGUAUAGUAGAACAAUAUGGUGGAAUAGAAUAUGGGAAAUAUAUUCAAGAUCAUAUAGUAGAAGCAUUAGUCAAUGAUUAAGAAUAUAAAUAAAAAAAUUAUGACAAAGCAAUUAUUGGUUUAUAUGAAAGAUUAGAUAAUUAAUUAAAAAACUAAUUUAAAGAAAGUACUUGUUAUCAGGGAUUAACUUUAUUAUUAACAUUAAUAACUAAUGAAAAUAUUUAUGUAGCAAAUGCAGGAGUAAUAUGUCUAUUUUAAUAGAAUAGUUAUCGAGAUGCGUUAUUAGAUAUGAAGGUAAACAUAAAGUAAUGAGUGUUGAACAUUAUCCAAUGAACGAUCUUGAAAAGUAAAGAAUACUUGCAGCUGGAGGAGAAGUUUGGGAAAAUAGAUUAAAUGCUCAUCUUCCAUAUAGUAGAGGAUUAGGAAAUUUUGAAUACAAAGCCAAUUCUAAUUUAGAACAAAACAAAUAAUUACUUAUUUCUGUACCAAGCAUAAAAUAUGUUGAGAAAGAGGAUACUGAAUUAAUCUUAAUGGGAAGUCAUGGUUAUAUUUAUUCAGAUGAUUAAUUUUAGGUUUUUGGGAAACUUGGACAAAUAGUGCUAUCACUGAACUUAUUUUAGAAAGAAUUAAAUAAGGAAAACCAUUGAAUGAUAUCUUAGAAGCAAUUUGUGAUUCUAUUGUUGCUUAGAAUGUUGAAUCUGAAUAUGGAAAAGAUAAUAUUUCUAGCAUUUUAAUUUAUUUUUAAAGAGGAUAAAAAUUAGUUAUUUGA